CACAGCUUCCUGCUCGUGCUCCAUUCCAUCCCUAACCAGAAACCAACGCCUGACCAUCAUGUUGGGCACGCGCCGGCGGCCGUUCCUCGGCGUCUCGCUGCUUCUGCUCGCGAUGUCCUGCGCCGUCGGCGCCGCCGUCCCGGAGAGCACGGCGCGGUCCAUCCGGAGGGCGAACCGUCUUGGGCCGUUCCUCGGCGUCGUCGUGCCCAACGCCUUCGAGAUGGAGCCGCUCCUCCGGUCGCCGAGGUUCUCGCCGGCGAGGAGCCUGCCACCGCAUCUCGACGUCGCAGGAAGGAGAUUUCGCUUCGGCACGAUCGGGGAGCAGAAGGUCGUCAUCGUCAUGACGGGCCUCGGCAUGCUCAACUCCGGGGUGACCACGCAGCUCCUCCUCACGCUCUUCGACGUCAAGGGGAUCGUGCACUUUGGCAUCGCCGGCAACGCCGACCCCGACCGCCAGAUCGGCGACGUCGCCGUGCCACGCUACUGGGCGCACACAGGCCUCUGGAACUGGCAGCGCUACGGCCACGGGCCGGAGAACGAGCUCGCCUUGGAGUCCAACGGGGACUACACGAGGGAGCUCGGCAGCCUCAACUUCACCGACUACACCGUCGGCAAGAACGCCCGGUCCGACGGCAACCUGCUCAACGGCGUCUGGUACCAGCCGGAGGAGGUGUUCCCGGCGGCGAGCGGCACGCCGGAGGUGCGCGGCCACGCGUUCUGGGCCCCCGUCGACGCCCGCUACUACGAGCUCUCCCGGAAGCUGGAGGGCGUCAAACUUGAAGCCUGCGUCGUCAGCAACGGCACGACGUGCCUGCCGCGACGCCCGGCGGUGGCGUGGGUCGAGCGCGGGUGCAGCGCCAGCGUCUUCGUCGACAACGCGGCGUACAGGGAGUUCCUCAGGUCCAGGUUCGGCGUCACGGCCGUCGACAUGGAGACGGCCGCCGUCGCGCUCGUCGCGCUGCAGCAGGGGGCGCCCUUCAUCGCCGUCAGGGCGCUCUCCGACCUCGCCGGCGGUGGCGCGGCGGAGUCCAAUGAGGCCGGGGUGUUCGCACCGCUGACCGCCCAGAACGCGGUGACGGUCGCCGUCGAACUCAUUUCCCUGUUGAAUUAGUGUGGUCAAGGUUAUCAGAAUUGAUCGAGUAUUUUUUUUGUAACAUAAGAAUAAUGCAUGUGUCCUACGUACGGUUAAUUACUUCGCUUAUUAUUGUUCUUCAUGUUCCACGAAUAUGCUAAUAAUUAAUUAAG